AUGCUCUUCGACCUAGGACGCGUCGACGAGAAGCUAAGACUCUGGCAACGUGCAGGACAACCACAUCGAGAAAGAAUUCCGCUUAUCGACUCACCCCAACAGGCCCCUACAGGUGUCAGGACUCUCACAGAAGAGGAAGGAAUUUCCCAUGAUAGAGCCGCGGCUCACGAAUCGGUCGAGAAACUCAAGGCUCUUGGUGGUAGGCCAUCCCGUGGAGUACAGGAAGAUGCAAUGUCCUAUCUACAGAGCAACGGAAGAUACCGAAAGGUCAAUAUGGGAGAGCACAUGCGUAGGGAACAGAUGAAAUUCGCAAAAGAGCUGGAGAGUUGGGAAUCUUUCCUGAAGGAGCUGGAUGGCGCCCCUGAAGGCUCGUUCAUGCACAAAGUCACAGCUGACGACCGGCGUAAUGUUGGUGACCGAAACAUAAAAUCCCAAGUGAAAGAGAAUAGGACCUGGCGAGCCUACUAUCAAUAUCAUAAGCAACAAGUUGCGGCCGCGCAGCUCAGGGUCGAUGCUUGUGUCGCGAGGAUUGAGUUCAUGGAAUCCAGAGAGACCGACGAUAGCGACAAAAUCGAUCAUUGGUCACGUGUAGCUUGCUAUAGGAAUCUCAGGCUUACUGUUGAGCAAUGGCCUGGUUGGCUAGCUGCGUGCGAUGAAUUGACAAGGGUUGAGAGCGAAUUCAAGCAAAUCUUCAAAGAAGCACUCAAGUCUCUGCCCAGGAAUUUCACCAACUUCAAGAAACAACAUGUUCACGAUUUCAUGAAUUUAAAGACACAGAUUAGAGAUGCAUGUGGCCAAUCGGCCUGGUCUAUGAGUGGGAGACCUUUGAGUGACCCUUUGGAUGAUCUCUUCGAUCAAGAGAUUCGGAUGUCCCAUUUGGUGAAUGUACUUUGGCAUUUUUCGCAAGCCAAGGACAGUGUAAACAAGAAACUUCGUGCAAAUAACGAGACUGAAAUCGGGAGUGCGCCCUUGUCGCAGCAAUCGGACAAAGUGCUGAACAUUUGGAUGGAGAGUAUUAUCAGUCAAUCGAAAUCCAUCAAGGUCCUGAUUCGGGAAAUAAGAUGUUGGCAGAAAUGCACAAACUUUUUCAAAGCAGAGCUUGAAAAAGACAGCGGCUUCCUGGCAAACCACGAGCUUCUCUAUGAAAUAGAGAGCUGUCAAAAGUAUGAGAGGAAAGCAAAGGAGCGUCUUGAGCUCGCUGAAGUAUUAUUGAACGAAUUUCAAGAGGGUUACGAUAAUCUCAAAGCGGAAAUUGCAAAAAUUCCGUUUUAUCAGCGUAAGAGAGAAGAAGAGGCCGGACUUGAUGAGGAAGCACUUAUUAAGAAGCAGUCAGCAAUCGCUGAGAAGCAGGCAAAACUUGCUAAGUCGACCAUCAUACCUCUGAAGCGACUUUCCAGAGCACAAAGCAAGCCUCAAGACCAUAAGAAUCUCAGAGUUGUUCGUUCAUAUGUGAGCCGUUCGCAAUCAAUCGAGAGAAUCGUUCUACGAAAUAGAAAGCGCAAAACCACGGAUCCACCUCUUGAGACACCACCAAGCAAGCGGAGAUGCAUUUAUUCGAUCAAAGACGCGAUGGAUGAUGAUAUUGAGCCUCCGAGCCGUCCACCUCCGUCUCUCGCCUCUCUUUCGACAGAAAAUCGAAAGCGUAAAGCGGACGACGACAAUCUACAGUCACGUAAUGAUGGGUCCCUUCGCCUAGACUCUCCAGAACUUGCUGCGGAGCGUGUCAACAAACAACCUCGUUUGAACAACGCAGAGCAUGUUGACCGCAUUGAGACACAAAAGCGGGUGGAUGAGGCGAAGAAUAGAAAACAGCAGAGACCUAGUGUUGUUGUACGAAUUCCCAGAAAAGCUCCUGAGCAGCCGAACCAAGCUCGUCUGAGGUCCUACUCUGUUCCACAAGGUACUGUUAUUGAUUCGAAAACGAUCAAGAAACAGACCACUCAAGAAGUAUUUUCACGUACCUACAAUUUACGUUCCUCGUCAACUGCUACAAAAAAGCCUCAAGUCAGUAAAAACGACGCGCAGACAGUCAAUGCGAAGACACGUGGAAACCAGAAACGCCGUGUUCCACCAAAAGACCCCCGAUCUGAUAAUUCCCCGGGUAGGAGCUCAAAGACAAGUGGAAAUAAGAAACGCCGUGUUCCACCGAAGGAUCCUCCGCCUGACGACAAUCUGAGGAGGAGCAAGAGACUCCAGGAAAAGGCAAUUCAAGAAACCUCAACUACUAUCAAACCCAACCCAAAGAUAUCCGGCAAGAUCGCGAAACCUCCAUCAUCGAGGCGGGGAGGAAAAAAGUAG